UGGGUGAGUGUCCCGCUACUGGCGCCACGGGCGCCGCUGCUGUCGUCCCUUGUACUAUUCGUGAUGUCGGCCGACAACAGUAGAAGUCUAAGCAUGUAUCACAAGGAGUAGUUAUAGCAGCGUUCAGUAGUGAUUGUGUUGUACGUAUUGGCCUGAUGUUAGUUACUGCUCGUGGUGCUAACCAGCGGAAGGACGAGGCGCGUGCACGACCACAACUGAGGACCGCUUUUGAGCGAGUCCGCCACAGUCAUUCGUAGCGAAGUGAUAGUACUGCUGUUACUUCUACUAGAGUGCAUGAAGAAAUGGUGGAAAGCAGCCGAACGAGCAGCAGUCGGCUAUAGGAUCCGCAGUGUCUUCUUGUUCCACCACAGUUCGUCGCUGCGUCUCUGUGUGCAGCGUAUCUGCUGGUCGCCGGCGUGAGAGUCGAGAGCUGAUCUUCUUUGCUGUUGCUGCUGCUGCUAUACUUCUGCAAAAGAGCGAAGAAUACUCAUACAACAGCAGCAACAGUACCGUUCUCCACAGAUUAGGCCGACUGCCCCCAGUUUCCUCGCCGAAUUUGAUCGCUAGCCGUUUGAGCGCCUGCCUGCCGUAAACUGUGGGGUUACCUUACUGCCUUGAAUAGGUUGUGGAUAGUCAUUAGUUUGACUGGCAUUAGUUGUGCCGUUUGUCUAACGUCGUCGAGUGGUUGUUUCUGUUAGUGCGAAUAAUGGUGUACAAGGACGGAUUUCUACUUUGUGUAAUGAGCCUUCUAUAAUAAAGUUUGUUUGCUGACUGACUGAGGUACUACUUAUAGACGCGCACGGGCCACGGUAAAAGGGCAAUUCGAUGCCACCAACUAAAGAGCCUCCUUACAUAUUUCAACGACUUCUACUAAUACUAAUAUAACGGUGACUCUUUCCCAUAUAAUCAUCGUCAUUAUUCGUCUACAUGCAUACCUAUAUGAAUAUAUCUUGGCCUUACGAUUACUUCAGACUGUGAAAGUCAAUAUCACCAUCUCGACAGUGUAGCUUUUUUUCUAUUGAAGGAAGUGCUAGCCCCGCAUCAUCGCAGCUGGCGUUCGAGGGAAUCAUGACCGUGCUAACUUCAGUGGGCCAAAUGUUCCUAUCAUUCUAACUUAAACCGCGCCCGAACAGUUUUUAAUAGGUUCGAAUUUGGUGUAGAUCUCUAAAUUGCAUAUUGUCAUCAUCACAAAAUAGUGGUGCUGCCGUUGUUAACCUUAAAAUUGCACGGCAAGUCUCUCGUGCGUUUACAGCAAACAUGUUUGCUGUGGGUAGCUCGCAAGCGGCUUUAAACGCCGCUACCGCGGCGAUUCUGACGGCGUCUCAGCAUCAGCAAUUCUACCAGCAACAGCCAGUUUUAUCACAACAGUCGGCGCAACAGUCCGACCAUCAGAAACAUCUUCAGCAACAGUAUCACCAUCCAUCCGUGGGGGAAACGUCAUGUGUUUCAAAUGGCAACCUUUUACCACCUUCAGAAAAUAUUGUUACGUCUGCAGUUCCUGCCCACACAGGACAGCCCACAGGGGUUUCGAAUUCUACCAGUGGAAGCAACACGAACUCAAGCAACUCCAGCAGUACCAGUUCUACUCAACAGCAACAAUUAUCUCAGCAACCUGAGCGUCCCAUAGGAUAUGGCGCGUUUGGAGUAGUAUGGUCAGUAACAGAUCCUCGAGAUGGCGCGCGAGUGGCACUCAAGAAAAUGCCAAAUGUCUUCCAAAAUAUGGUUUCGUGCCGUCGGGUGUUCCGUGAAGUGCGAAUGCUGUGCUCACUUCAACAUGACAACAUUCUCCAGGCGCUCGACACCCUUCAACCUCCCCACAUUGACUUUUUCCAGGAAAUUUACGUAACGACGGAACUAAUGCAAAGCGAUCUACACAAGAUAAUUGUUUCCGGCCAGGUCCUGACAACUGAUCACGUUAAAGUUUUCCUAUAUCAAAUUUUGCGUGGUCUAAAGUACCUACACAGCGCUGGAAUCCUGCAUCGCGAUGUGAAGCCAGGAAAUCUGCUCGUCAACUCAAAUUGCGUGCUCAAAAUCUGUGACUUUGGCCUGGCAAGAUGCGUGGAGCCUGACCAGCGAAGGAAUAUGACGCAGGAGGUGGUAACGCAGUACUAUCGCGCACCAGAACUUUUAAUGGGAGCGCGUCACUAUGGCUACGCAGUUGAUAUGUGGUCAGUAGGAUGUAUUUUCGCUGAACUGCUUGGAAGACGCAUCUUAUUUCAGGCGCCCACUCCCAUCGCCCAGUUAGAGAUGAUCACCGAUUUGUUGGGUACUCCAUCCAGUAGUCAAGAACUAGCAGAGUUAGCUUCAUACGCCUGCGAAGGGGCUCGAGCACAUAUGUUACGUCGGCCUGCUAAACCGCCUUCGCUAUCCGCCUUGUAUACACUUGGAGCUCAGGCAACACCAGAUGCAGUCCAUUUACUCUGUCAGAUGUUGGUUUUUAAUCCGGCGCGACGUAUAAGUGCCACUGACGCAUUGGCCCACCCGUAUCUUGAUGAAGGACGGCUACGAUAUCAUUCCUGUAUGUGUCGAUGCUGCGUGUCAUCAUCACCCUCAGCUGCGCAUUGUGGCUUGCGACAUUAUGCACGCGAAUUCGAGCCCGUUGCUAGUACAAAAUUUGACGAUACGCUCGAAAACGAGCUGAAAACCGUCAUGCAGGUUAAAGAAAAACUUCAUAAAUACAUCUCAGAGCGAUGUGCAUCGUCAAAUCGUGUCCCCUUGUGUAUAAACCCGCAAUCUACAGCUUUUAAGUCAUUUGCGAGUUCGACGGUAGCGCACCCUUCAGAGUUACCCAUCGCCGCACCAGUGGGAAUAGCGGCACGAGACUCGAGAUCUCCUGGCAUCUUUGUGUAUGUGCUCCCAGCAUGACCAUAAUAAUGGCGAUUGUAGUGAGGACUAUGCGUGCUGCGCUCUAUCACAACGCCAAGAUGAAAAACAACUUUUGUACGAGGUAACAACGGGAAUAAGCGAGACUAGAAAACAUGAGCAACAGCUGACGGAAACAAACGAGGAGCCAUUUGAUCUCGAUUGCGCUGUCAGGCGACAACUAGCAGCAGAGAAAGCACCACUAAUAGAUGCCCAAAUUGGUCAAACAACAAAAGAAUUGGGGGCACCUCAAGCUCAAACUCAGGCCGUCCGAUGACUUGGGGAAUUCAGUUGCCUUCCACAUAGGAUGACGUUGAACCAUAAAUAGCCAGUAAAAUAUAGCAUUAACGCCGUUGUCUUAGAAGAAGAGAAGUGAUUCGGGUCAAAUGGCGGCAAUUUGUGUAUGAAGUAAAUACGAAAGCGCUCAAUCAACUUGGUCAACAAUUAGCAACCUGCCGAGAUGUUUUGUAAAUAGAAGUCCUGAGCGUUUAACAAGCCAUCGGAAUACUUAGCAUAUGCACUCUGGAGAGUUAACUAUGCCACUUUGCAAAGUUUAUUCGUUCAAUUCGUUCAGCAAUUUAAGAUACUGAGCUAAGGUAGACUUCGCGGAACAUGGAAGCUUCCUGAGAAAUCGUGGGAUCAAUACGCAAUGAAUACAAGAAUUAGCCUUAUCGCUAGACGCGUUAAAUGAAAAAAACUCAAUCAUACCCAGUUGCUUAACCAAGCCGUUUUGCAGAACUUCCAGCGUCAACGCUAACUAUUGAAUCUGUCGGCAAGGAGAAGAUCAAACUUCCUAUUUUGUUCUAAGUACAGCUAUUCAUUCAAGGGAAAAUAGCUAAAUAUUCCCCAGUUAAGUUCAUUAGAUUCAACACCUGUUGAAAUUCAAUUCGUACUUAGGACAGAUGUUAUAUCAAGAAAUCGUGGGAUGAAGAGGGCGAACGCAGAGUUAAUAGCUCGCCGAAGGUAGUAGCAGAGAGAGAGGGGGGGAGGAGGUAAUAAUAGCGGUCACGGGUGGAUUGGUGCUGGCAGCGCCCCAUUUGUACAUUUAAUUGAUUAAAAAAUUAUCAAUUUUUCAAACGUAUGUUAGUAGGUAUGCUUGUGAGUGUUUCCUACAGAUACUGGUUCAAGUGGACACAUAUUUAACCUGUACAAUAUCGUCCACAUCGUAUAUUCAUUAUAACAAUGCUAUUCUAUUUUAGCAAAUAAAUAUGCAUCAUCAGCAGCAGCAGCAGUAGCAGCAGCAGCAACAUGAGAUUUAAGUGGCACGCACGCUUUGUUAUUGGGUUUCGAAGAGUCAACUGAACAGUCAACCGUCUGGAUGCCUCGCUGCUUGUUUCGUCAGCGUCAUUGUGCGCAAUUUAGUCGUUUUUAAUUUAGCUGAAGUCAUGGUAGUAGCGUCAGCGUAGCAGAGAAUGUUGAACUAGGGCGUUAAGCGGGAUUUUUUCCUACAACGAAUGAACAUAUUAAGAAUACGGCCUACAAAAAUAUCGGCCUACUACAACUUUGCCUAAUCUUGUAGUACAGUAAAAACGAGGCCUUUCGAUAAAACCUUUCCAGGCUUCGUUCAUUUGCUGCUAUCCCAUGAUAGUCAUUUUGCACAAAGAGUUACAAAACAUAAAGAAAGCUACUGCAGUUUUCAACUCCGUGUUUGUCAACGUGCCGUUCUCGUUCAUUAGUAAUAAUACUAUUUUUAUGAUAUGAAUGUCCAUUUAAGCAAGGAAUAUGAUUAUACGAAAAGCUGUACAUGUCUGUAUUUUAAAUUUCGUAGUUUCGAAGUCAACAAAAUACAGGAUACAAGAAGGUAUAGCUAGUUGUAUACGUACUGGCUUUAUUAAAAAGUGAAAACGUUUUCUUCGCCAAGAGCGCCUUCCCAGAACAGAAAUAUUAGUAAACUCAAGUCUGGAACGAUGAUACUUUAUAGAAUUAAAAAUUAUGCCGGAUGCUUUUACAUGGCCAAUGACAAUUCUGCCAAUGUAAAAAGGAAGUCGUGAUCCAGAAAUCCGAUGUAGUUUUAGAAAAAGUGAAACUUCCGUUAGAGUAUUAUAAUCUGCGGGGGCAUAAUUUUGCACAACAUACAUUGUAAAACCAAAUUUACGUUUUUAUGGCGAAUUCCACGAUCGACACACGCAGAUGUGGCAAAUCUUAUGAAUGUUAAUUGUCACAAGAAAAUACUCGAAUAUGGCUCGAUCGUGCGUCGUAACUGAGAACUUCGAUAGCUUGCUCUAGUGAAUAGGUUUUCAAGUAGAUCUCCUCCUCGUUUUGAGUACGUAGCUCAAAAUGAUCAACUAAUUGAUCAAUGAUUUUGACAAUCGCAUACUGUGUGUUUUUAUUCAGUUACCAUUGUUCAGUUAUAGUGCCAAGUGGAAAUCUUUUUUGCGAAACUUCUUGACGAACAAAAUUGAAGUUGUGUUUGUCAGUUUUUGUUACUUAGUUUCCCUUACCCUUUGAUUCAAAUUAACUGCGACUAAUUAUUGUAUCGAGUUAACUAUCUAUUUAAUGUAAUUUUGUUUUUUACCAUUUUAGAACAUAAAUUGAGACCAGAGCGGUAAUAUCAAAUCGUUUUUCUAAUAUUCUUCGAUAAUCCUGUUAGUUUCCGAUACAUUUAUCCGAUUCGUUGAGUUGACGACAACUAAGCUGACCUCCCUGCAGUUAAUACUGCUUAUAUAAUCUAUAUUCAUGGACUAACAGACCACUGGAAGUCAAGACCAGUGUAGUUACGUCAAAAUAUGGUUCAUCAUAUAAUGUCGCCCACUAAUGGUUUCUAUAGCGCCCACAAUACCACCUGAACUUUAAGGAUUUGUCUAAGCACGGCAACGCACAGGAGAGUCCAAAUGCGCAGCAACCUUACCAAAUUCAGAAGAAUCUAUUUUAUACCAACGACGUUGUUUGAACGACUGAGUAAUAAUUGGAUCCAUUGAAAUGCUCAUUGCUUGAAUUAUGCAUGCUGAUGCGUGCCGAGGGAUCCCAAUGCAUAAGCACUGGCGCGGCCAGAGACAUCGCCCUGCCAAUUCUAGUUUUCGCGGAAAGCCCAAACAGUGCUCAAAAACAGAAGUGUGUACACGGAGUUCUAGGAGAGAAUCAGCUAACCUUCAAAAUAAUCGUCGACCAAGCAAAGAGAAUGCGUGUUUACGCAAAUCUUGUGCCGAACUGUAAUUACAUUGUAGUUGCUCCUCGGUCGAAGGCCAUAUUAACCCGUAUGGUCAGAGGAUCGCUUCCGAGCUGGGACCUGCCUGGGGCCACUUUUCUCGUCAAAAACAUUUGUCUUGACACUAAUUGUCAGGAGUCAUUUGAGGGGAACUAAUAACCGCGCAAAGAUGGUCGCCUAUGAACAUGAUGGAAAGGCGUAACACAAUUGCUUAUGCAUGUUCUGUUGUCUGUUCGAUAAUCCAA